AUGUCGGCGGCCCAGCCUCUGCUUUCCGCCACCGUGCGCCAGCUGUCGCGCUCGGCGUACGGCGUGGUCGCCGCGCCGGCGAGGGGGUUCCAGGUGUUCCGCAUCGACGGCUACUCGUGGACCAAGAUGCUCCCCGCCGGCGAGGGCAUCAGCUCGGGGCAGUUCCACGUAGGCGGCCGCGGCUGGCGUAUCGUCUACUACCCCAACGGCAGGGACCCCGCCGCCGGGGACUCCGACUCCAACUCCAUCUCCCUCUACCUCCGGCUCGCCGACGUCUUCCAGAAGCAGCGCGUGCGGGCGCAGUACAAGUUCAGCCUGCUCGACCCCUCAGGCAACGCCGCGUACGAGCUCCCCGCCGCGACGAGCGCCUUCGCCUCCGCCGGCCGCGGCCACCACGGUCAUCCCAGCUUCGACAAGGCGGGGGACGCCGCCGCCGGCCUCCCCGACUUCGUCACCAAGGAGGAGCUGGAGAGGCGCCGCGAGACCCUGCUCAGGGACGACUGCCUCGCCAUCCGCUGCGACGUCGGCGUCCUGACCGUCGCGCCCAAGGAGACCCACAACGCCAUGCGGCAGGACGACGACGACUGGGAGGGCGGCGAGAGCAGCAGGCGUCGCCGGCAGCCGAUGGACGACAUGGAGUACAUCCGCCGGAGCCUCGCCAAAUACCGCCGCGCUUGA